UCCUUCGAUCAUUUUCAGUGACAAUCUUCAUUUUCAUCAUGGCCUUACGUUUCCGAAGUGUGUCAUAGGAAAAAACACGAUUUUCGCGUAAUAUCAGUGAAAUACGGCUCGGGAAGUGAUCGCAGCGGCGGGCGUGUAAACCCCAGAACCCAACCACGAUGGAUUUCGGCAAGCUGCUGAGCGUGGCUCAGCGCAACGCCUCGAAUUCGGAGCAGAAAUCUUCCGAGUCACGCUACUAUUCCACCAAGUUCGCUCCGCCCAAAAAGGAAUCCAAGGACAAGAAGCUGUCAGCCAACAUCCAAAAGUUUCUUGCAAAAAAGGAGGAGGAAGAACGCCAAAAGGCGCAGGAAGAGAAGCGCAAACGCGAUGAGUUGAUGGCCAAGCGAGAUCCCAAGGCGAAGAAAAAGAUCGAAAAGAUGCUGAAGGUGAUCAAAUCGGCCAACAAAUCCGUGCUGGACGAUGCCAUCGAUCAGAAUGAUACCGCGUUGACGCUGCAAGGACCGGAGCAACCGGACGAAGAUGACUACGGCUACACGUCGAACGUCGCGUCGCAACUCUAUCAGCAACUGAUGGACAAAUACAAGAACACACCGGAGGAGAAAAAAUUCAAGGACGGUUCCAAACGAGUUAUGAGCAAGGAAGACAUGGAACGUGCGAAAGCUCGUGUGAAAGAUGCACUAAACCGGGUCGAAGAGGAAGAGAAUGCUCCUAGAACUCGGAAGCGAAAAGACGGUGGAGAAGGAACCACUCGGGACGAGGAAGGUGCUAGUGGAAGUAGUAGCAAAAAACUGGUCGGUCCGGACAGGUACGACCCGGAAGAAGAGCGACGGAAAGAAGUAGAAGCCAAGGCCAAGGAGGAAGCUGCAAAGAAAAAGGCACGAAGACCUGCUGGGCCAGCUCCUCCGGAUUUUGCAACACUCCUCAAAUUGGCCGAGCAAAAACAACUGGAACCAGUCAAAGUAGAAGCCCCGGUAGUUGAAAAGAAGAAAGAACCAGAACGACUCAUGACGAAAAAGGAGAAAAAAGAAUAUGAGGAACGACAAGCUUAUCUAGAGCAAAAGAAAAUCCGAGACCGAAUUCGAAAUGACGCUCGCCUUUCGGAGAAGGAACGACAGAUCAAAUUAGCACAAUACGAUGCAAUAAAAGCCGGAAAAGUCCCGCCAACAGCCGGCGCCAACAAAUCCGGAGCAUCCAGUACAAAUGUGAUGGCACCUAACGGACGCAUCCCAAAACUAAAUUCAUCAGGAUCGGAUAGACCAGCAUCAUCGACAACAUCUUUGAAGCCAUCAUCAACGACGGUUUCUUCGAAGCCAUCGACUUCCUCCAGUUCCAGUUCGAAACCAUCUUCCUCUCGACCCGACGAUAGAAGGGCGUCCCUGCAAAAACCAUCUUUAGAUUCAGUUGCCGCGAAGAGUAAAUUAGAAGCGGCCCUAACGGCAUCCAAACGGUCUCCCACUUCACAAUCAUCCUUCAAGGACUCUUCUAACAUUAGAAAACCCACUCCGUCAUCUCAACAAAAUGGUUCUGCAAAAAUCUCAUCCGCAUCAAAACCCCCGCAAUCAUCAAAACCCGCAACUUCGUCCACGAACAACGGACAAAAAACUCGACCAUUCCCACCGGCGGACGUUCCGCAGAAGACCCGCCAAUUCCCACCGCCGGAUGUGCAAAAACCACGUCAGUUCCCACCGGCGGACGUUCAGAAGACUCGCCAGUUCCCUCCUCCGGAUGUGACGCGGAAGCGACCACUGGAUGCCCGUGGCAAGCCUUCUUCGUCGUCGUCAUCGGCCCCGUUCAAGAAACGGCGACCCGUCAUCGAGGACAGCGACAGCGAGUACGACUCGGAGAUGGACGAUUUCAUCGACGACGGCGACGAGGAGAUGGACUACUCGUCGCAGAUCAAGGCCAUCUUCGGGUACGACAAAUCCCGCUACCGGGACGAGGACUAUGACGACCGGCAGAUGGAGAGCAGCUUCGCCCAGCAGAUGCGCGAGGAGUUCAUCAGUAAGAAGAUCGGCCUGAUGGAGGAUCUGGAGGAUAUGCGGAUGGAGGAGGAGGAGAAGCGGCAGAAAGCGCUGAAGAAGAAACAGGCCGCAAAGCGGAAAUGAUAGACGGGGAAAUUGUGUAUUUUGGGCGUACGGAGCAAUUGUUGUUCAAUGAUUUGAUUUUGAUCAAUUUUUAUCUUUAUGGAAAUAUUUAUUUAUUUUUUACUAUUGAUUUAUUAAUUAUUGUUUGUGCUUUAACACGCUAAUUAUGUUGUAUGCAGUAGAACAAAGAUUUAGAGCUUCAGUUUAUUGCAGCGUACUGGUUCGGUACUCAGUAGGUUACUGUUUUACAACUAACAUUUUGAAUCGGCACCCGAAUGCGGCGCAGAACAAUUUUGUUACAAAUUGUAAAAACCCAUGUUGCAUAGCUAUUGUGGCAAUCUAAUCUCCUCCUUAUGAGAGAAAUACAAAAUUAAAGUAUACACGAAAUUCUAUUCGAUAUAUAAAUAAGGUAUGUAGCAAAAAUACAUGAAGAA